AUGAAUGAGAAUAUCCCAAGAGAUUGCAAGAAAACUGAAGCUUCUCAAAUCCAAGAUGGAACGACGAGGCUUGACGGAAACGCUCGCUUGUCGUCUUCACAGGAAGAAAAAAGACAUGAUGAUAUUAUUAAUUCAAAUGUCUUUUUUGAUGACCAUCCCAUGAAAAGAACGCAAAAUGAUAAACAUGUUAACUUCGAAAACGACACAGCACAGCUUGACACAAUAUCUGCCGAUAGAAACCAAACUAUAGACACUCAAGUUAAAGAAACUGAUUUCGUCCUUGAUUCUGAUAAUCAAACGAAUCGAAAUAUUCGACAGGGAGAUCAAGAAAUUGAUAUGAAAAAGGAAAUUAAUUCAACUGUUCGAACUGAUACAGAUGUCCCUAUUAUAUACAGUAACAAAGCAGCAACAACGGCUAUCCUCGACGAAACUUGUUGCUCUAUUUCUGUAAUAUCUAGUGACAGAGAGAGUGAAAUAGAAAUUACUUCUAAUUUAUCUCUUGACGACUGCGCAAUAGAAGACAUCCAGACGAGCAAUACCCUAAAUCAGAAUGGCAAAUUUUAUUUUUUCCAUAUCUUUUCGUUUUCUCUUUUUUUCUUUCUCUUUUUUAUUCUACUUUUCUUCUUUUUUCUUAUGCUAUUUUCCUUUCAGUUUUUCUUUUUUUUCCUUUGUUUUCUUUAUUCCUCUUGA